ACUACGCUGACUGGAUAUUGUUGCUAUUGCUGCAUAAUUUAACACAUCCUUAGCCAUAAUGUAUUAGAUGUAUGACUAGUUUCAAAUCAAACUUACCUUUAAUUUGCUUAUUAAAAAGAAUAAAGUGGAGACUUUUCUGAUAUACAUAUAUACAUAUAAUUUCUUGCUCAAGACACAUUAUUUUCCAACCUGAAGCAUGUCAAUCUCCAUUGCUGUGAAUUUCCUUAUUGAACAGAUCUACAAUCAUCCAAAUACUUCUGCCGUAGUAUCAGUCUCCUCACUUUUGUUAUGGCUAGCUGUUCGACGUCCAUUUGAUAUUCCUCCAAAUCCUUGGUUUAUAUUUCCCAUAAUUGGCCACAGGCCUUUACUACGAGGAGAUCCUGUGUUGACUUUAAGGCGGCUCAGAAGAGAGUUGGGUGAAGUAUUUAGUGUUUACAUUGAUGCACAACUUGUCAUUAUUGUUAAUGGACUUGCUGCAAUUAAAGAAGCUUUUAUGACAAGAGGGGAAGAGUUCCAUUGGAGACCAAGCACACGAAUAUGUGACCUUUUCCAUUUUGGUGUGAUUUGUAAUUCAGGCAAGGAAUGGAGAGAUCAAAGGCGUGUUACAGAGAUGGGUAUUCAUCACACAGCGACACAUGUUCACCAGCUUGUUGAUAAGGAAGUGGCACAUCUUAUCACAGCUAUUAAACAGGAGGAAGAAAAUCCUUUUAAUCCUAAUGUGCUCCUGCACUCUGCUGUCUUCAAUGCCAUCUCCUCCAUCAUCUUCUCACGGAGAAUGGACUAUAAAGAUGUUCGACUAACUAAAGCUAUAGAGAGGUUUAAAGAAAACCUGGAACUGUUCUCUGAUACAAAGUACCCAAACUUUUUCCCCUUUCAAAAGUUUUUAAUGGGAGACUUCUUUGAUGUAAAGUUUCUGCGCAUUAACAUGACAGAGAUCCAUCAGAAAAUCAUCAAUCCUGUUUAUGAGGAACACAAAUCUGAAUACAGUGAUGAGCGAGUUGUAGACUUUCUAGAUGUUUAUUUGAGAGAGAUUAAGAAUCACAAAGGUGUGGAUAAAACUACAGUUGAAGAGAGAAGCUGCCAGGCUGUGCUGUAUGACCUACUCUGGCACGGCACAGUUACAACUGGGGCCACCCUGUACUGGGCCCUGGUGUUUUUAUUGAAAAACCCAGGUGUGGCGGACACAGUGAGGGAUCACCUGGAACCUACACAACCAGCAGAAGGCAAGUCAGAAGGUUCUGGAGAUACAACAAAGGAGAGAGCAAAUGUCCCUACUUACAUCAAGGCAUUUCUUUACGAGGUUCAGCGUUGUGCUAAUGUUUGCCCUCUAUCAAUGGCUCAUGCUGUGGCCAAGGAAAAAUUUCUUAAAGGUUACAGAAUACCAGGCGAUGCUGUGAUACUGCCUAACCUGGAUUCUCUGAUGAUGGAUGAGGAUGUGUGGGGAGACCCUCAAGUUUUUAGACCUGAGAGGUUUAUCAACUCUGAUGGCAAACUCUCUGUACCUCCAGAGUUUAUUCCCUUUUUUAUUGGUAUUCGAGGAUGCCCAGCCUCUAAUAUAGCAGAGACCAUCCUCUCGUCCUUCUUAGUCUCCAUGAUAUCCAACUUCAGCAUUGAGCCAGAGGUAGCUGGUACUCUACCCUCGGCUGUGAGAAGAAAAGGUCUCAUCCCCUACCCACCAGAGUUUAAGACCAGGUUUAUCUCUAGACACUAGUGUAGCUCAUUGAGUGGACAUGUUGCUGGGUUAUGCAUUUUUACCUCGGCCAGACAAUAUUAUACCUGUCUGUGGAUGGAUCAGUGUUGAAUAAGUGUCAUUAUGCUUUGAAAAUUUGCUGAUAAAAGUAGUUUGAAUUUAAAACAUAAAAAAAAAAAUACCUCAACAGAUGUUGUCAUCCUGUCUCUGAGCCAUGUAUUGUAUUUUUAGAGACUGUACCAUUUAUUUUUUGUACCAAAAAUCUGUUACCUAGCUCAAAUAUAUUGAGAUUAAUUUUUCAUUAUUAGGACAUCCAUUUGGUAAAUAC